AAACGCUUCCUCCCGAUCUCGAAUGAAGGUUAUUCAGUCCAUGUGUUGUAGUUACACAUUAGUUCGAAUCUCGAGGUGUGAGAAUGAGCGCAUCACAUGACUGCAGCACGUCCUCCUCUCCUCUCCUCUCCUCUCCUCUCCUCUCCACACACUCAGUGUAAACACCGCUUUGUCUCUGAACCUGUGUCUGGAGCUCUGCACUCGCCAUGCCAUGGAUGCUUUAUGGCAAUACCAGUUCAGGAUCAUUUUACUGGGGGACUCGACGGUGGGCAAAUCAUCUCUGCUCAAGAGGUUCACGGAUGGCGUCUACAGCGACGUCGCGGACCCCACGGUCGGCGUGGACUUCUACGCCCGCUCUCUAGACAUCGAGCCCGGGGUUAAAAUCAAGCUACAGCUAUGGGACACAGCCGGACAGGAGAGAUUCAGGUCCAUCACCACUUCCUACUAUCGCAACUCUGUGGGCGGCCUCUUAGUCUUCGACCUGACGAACAGGAAGACCUUCGAUCACAUACGGGAAUGGCACCGAGAGGUCAGCGAGCACAUCCUGCCUCAUCACAUGAUCUACAUCCUAAUCGGCCACAAGAGCGACCUGAACCGCGACCGCAAGGUGACGCGGGACGAGGCGGAGCAGCUGGCGGCCGAACUCGGCAUCCGCUACGUGGAGACUUCGGCCAAGUGCAACAGCAACGUGGAGCGUGCUUUCGAGCUGCUCUCACGGGACAUCUAUGAGCUGAUGAAGAUGGGCGAGAUCUCCACGCGUGAAGGCUGGGACGGGGUCAAGAGCGGCCUCAUCCCUAAAGCUCUGUACCCCGCCGAGGAGGAGGCGGAGCGAGAAAAGAGCUGCAACUGCUGACUCCCACGAUCCACCUGCGAACGCUCACCUGUGUAUCAGUCGUCGUCGCUCACCUCGGCUUUCACUAACAUGUCGCAUCAUGGACACUGCCUCAGGCCUGGACCUCUGCACUUACCUUGGUGUUGCUAUCUGAGGUUAAUGGCACAAGCCAAUCAAAGGUGUAGUAUAUUUGGGCUUGAAUGGACAGGCCAUGCUUCAUAUUGUUGGAGAUCACACACAUGUUGUGAAGUUUGCAGAAAACUUGUGGAUAGCAUGCAGAUAAAUGUUUUUAGAGUGUAGUUGCACUUCACAUCCUCUGGAGCUAAUACUGUUUAUUUGGCUUGUUCCUUUCCGUUUAACCAGGGUACAGUUAUCAUUUAGAGAGAACAUCUAGUGAUUGCAAUCUUAUUUACAGUUAAUGGAUUUAAAGACCACAUAAAAUUAUCCAUUUGCUUCAUCCUAUUGGCAGGUGGUUUUAGGAGAAGGGCAUUUGAGAACAUGAAAUGGUACAUUUUCCCAAUAGCAAAAUACUGUAAAAUAUGUUUGUAUAAGUUUUUAGGAGUACACAUAGCACAUAAACGCCAUUUAUAUCCAUAAAAGAAAUGGACUGAAAGCCACAAAACUUCAUUUUUUGAUUUUCUGGAGUUUUUAAGAAUAUGAGAAAGUGAACAAGACACCAUUUUCAACUAAAAUCAGAUCACUUUUUAUGCGUUAUGUCAGUGACUUCAACGUUUUUGGAAAGUUUGUGUAAACUAUAAAGAUUAAAUGCAAACUUGUGAAAAUGGUGACGUUAUGUACAUGCAUAUUACAUGAGCAUGUAUGAGUUUCUUUAUAAAGUGUCAUCAUUGACAUGCAUAAAACAGCAUUUUUAGUCGUCUUUGUGGAUCCAUGUCAUCAGGGAUCGUUUUACAACCUUUUCUCGUCCGUCCACAAUACUUUUCAAAAAUGCAAAGAAAAAAACUCUUCUGUUAAGUGGUAGAUCGUUGUUGUGUUAACAUACCCUGAACCUCGUCUCUGAUGGAUCGCUGGGACUGCAAACGUGAUUUCGCACAUUAUUCAGCAAUCCAUUGCUACUUAAUGCAUUUUUUUUUUUUGUUACAGCCCUAAUCCAACAUAUAUUAUUAUGUUCACAGAGGCAAAAUACUGUAAUAAUCUGAGAAAUAACCAUUAAUGCAAUUUAUUAUAAAAUGCCAACUUGCACAUGCUUGAGUAAUAUUUUGACAUGUAUUAUGCAUUCUUUAAAAGUUUACAUAUCUCAUUUGCUCUGUUCUAAAAUAUAGGUAUCUGCCAACUGAGACAGCAUAAUAAUGCAUUGACACUGACGUUGAUUGACACUGACUUGACUAAUGUGCAAGCAUUUAAAGUGGCAGAUCUACAGUGUGUGCUUAUAAUAAACAGAUCAUUGUUGUGCAUUGGUGUGGAUGCUAUUACACAGUUAUGAUUGUACUUUUCAUUCUUGGUGUGUAAGAGAGACCAUAGCCAUAUCUACAUACCAAAAUAUCAUAGAAACUUGCAAGUGGGCAUGGCUAAAAUGCUAAAAUGACCACAUAUAGUAGCAUUACUCAUGGCAGCCGCCCACAAGCACCACUAAAAUGUUAUUUUUUUUGUAUGUAGGUUGAGUUCACUAACACCAGGAUGGCGUCUCAGGCACUGACUGUAAAUGAUGCCAGUAGUCUCCGAGUAAUCAGAGUCAACUCAAGGCACCUUUAUUCAUGUGACACUUUAUGCAAUACAGAUUGUGUCAAAGCAGCUUUACAGUGUUAAACAGGAAAACGUGUCCUGAUAAUGCAAGAGGACAAUAGAAAACAGUUGUUUCUUUGUUGAUUCAGUGAUGCUAUCACAUAGAUCAGUUCUCUUCCAGUAGUGUCUGUGCAGUCAAGUCAACAAUGUUACCAGAAAUCGUGUCCCCAACUAAGCAAGCCAAAGGCGACAGAGGAUGUAUCAGAUCCUCCUCAUCUCACCUGCACCUCAGCAAGACUUCAGUGAUGCUCGCUGUAAAGAGGUCUUAUCCAUCAUGUGCGGCUGACUUUACUGCUUGUGUUUGUGCAUACAUUUCUGUAAGACUAAAUGCAUUGUAAAGAGCAGCAGAGCACAAUAUACUUAAACAUCAGGUGAGGCUUCAGUGGAAGUUAUAGGUUUGUGUGGCUUAACCGCAGGUCAACAUUAUGUCGGAAGAACAUCAUAAUUAUACAAUUAGUUCCACAGAUCAAUACAGGUUUUUACAGAUCAAGUAUGAAAUUAUCCCAAACUGCGUAAUUAUCUUCUAUGUAAUUUGUGAGUAAACAAAGCUGAUCAUAUUUCUCCUCACGAUGUGCAGAUUCUUCUUUUGAUCCACGUGCUGUAGGACAAUCAGGUUUCCACCCUCAUUUUCAUUGCUAUACUGUGCAAAUGAAAAACCAUCCAAGAAAUAAAAAUAACUCCAACUUCUCAUCCAACACUAGAUCUUAUGAGAGACAGGGUUUACUGUUGUACUGUUGUUGUUUUUUUUUCUUAAUAAAGCGUAGAUAUUCAUGCUGUAACAUAACUGCUUUGAUUGAGACAUGACAAUUACAGAAGGAAAAUCAGACCAUGAACAAAAUACUGAUCUAUCGGCUAAAUGUGAGCAAUUUUAACCAAGAUGGGAGCUGUGGAUGACUAGUUUACAGAGAGAUGUUAAUGUGUUGGAUUAAGGCUAAAUUUACCAAUGCAAUUCACACAUUAAAAUUUGAUAUGAGAAGCUUUCUGGACAUGACACUUGAAAUUCUGAUGGGUUGAUUCAAUUAGCUUCUUUAACCUUUGCAAUAUAUAAAGCAGUGUGUGUGAGUGUGUAAAAGCUCAAAUAAAGGAGUGAACAGACUGUGACCACAUUGCUGUUGUGUUAUGGUCACUGAAUGCUGAAAGUUUCUGUGGUAACUGCAUUAACGAAAUACUUACCCAUGGCGUAUUUAACUGCACAUUGCUUCACACCAGUACUAGUUCACAGAUAUGAGUGUGUUUUCUUACAAAAUAAAUAAAUGUUUAUUCCCCCUAAAUCGUUUAAAUGGUGGUGCCAAAUAUUACCGCUCCCUGGUGGUCAAUAGAGAACAGCUCUGUGACCCUUUUUUAAGAAAACUGGUUGCAGGGGAUAACAUCAAAUAGCUUGUGUAAAUGAAGUAAGUUUAUUGUGUAUUAUAGAUAGAGAAUAUAACAUUUCAUUAUAACAGCAGGGUUUUCAUUAGUCACUCCCUGUCCGUUCUAGUCGUAUAAUUAUUAUUAUUUAUUUAUUUUGUUUCUUUUUAAGGGCUUAUCUCUGAUGUGGAUGAGCAGAGUGAAAUGUAUUGCACAUUUUCAAUGGUAAAUCAGCUGUAAUGAAUGCUAAAGCCAAUGCUGAUGUACAUCAAGAUCUGGGCUUCGUAAACUCUCGUUGUUUUGCAUUGUGAUUUGGUAAAUGUCAUAUGAGUUUAAUUAUGUUCAAAUAAAAUUAGAAUUAAAA